AUGCCUACCAGGGCUUGGCUGAAGCGCCUUUGGGGGAAAAACCACCAGGCUAACAUCACCAAAGAUGCAACAACUGCUGUGAAUGCGAAUACGAUCCCAGAAUCGCAUAUCCCAAAGUUGGAUCCGGCUAACAUUUCGGUCUUCGUUGCCGCGUCCACCACAGUCCUCGCAAACUCAGACAGUUUAGGGGAACCCAGUUCGAAACAUACUCUAGAAGUUGUUAGCAUACAAAACGAGGCUCCUAAGCCUAUCCAGGACCUGAAUUUGAAUAGCCUCUGGGAUGAAGCAUACGAUGAGCUUCGAAAGGAAGACGCAAAGCUUGUAGACGCCUAUGAGCGAGACCUGCUUGCCAUUCAGGACUUGGAACAGAGAGCACCUGAAGGCGACGAUAGAGAGAUGCAGCUUCAGAAACUACUGAAUUCGAAGCUCCAGGACAUUGAACACUCGCAAAUGAGGAUUUCAAUACAUGGAAAAGAUGUUGUUAUUAAAGAUCAGGUUAGAAAAGUUGUGCACUCGAUCCUUUCGGUGAAGGAUUACAUCGGCACUGUGGCCUCCGUAGAGCCGCAUGCUGCGCUAGUAUGGACGGGAGUAAUGAUUAUUCUUCCAGCCAUUGCAAAUCCAAUCACACAAGAUGACGACGCUAUGGAAGGUAUUGAAUAUAUAUCGGAACUUCUGGUUCGGUGUAAGGUAAUGGAGGACACCUAUCGUGAAAACCUUGCAUGUACGCUUGCAGCCUCAAGCUCAGGCCCGCCAACAUAUCUGGUAGAAUUAAAUGCCUCCUUCAGAGCCCAGGCGAUCAGCAUUUACUCCCAGAUACUGAAAUAUCAAAUAAGCCUAUCCCAGCAAUACGCACGCCGAGGGCUAUUCCGCUUCUUGAGGGACUGUGUAAUUGCCGAUGAUUGGCAGGGUAUGCUAGAAAGCAUAAAAGCCACCGAGGAGGGCAUCGACAAAGUUUUGGAUACACUCGAUAGCAGAGCCUUGAAAAUGAUAGGCGAGCAAAUUGCUAUUCUUCGAGACAACGCGGAUGACGUCUUGAGCGUCUUGCUCGAUACUAAAGCUAGUGUUGAGAAAAUCAACCAGUCACAAUUGCUUGGAAAACUGCAUCGUGUGGAGUAUGCUGCGUUUAAUACAUAUAAAAAGGCAGAUCGACCUCCCCCAAUAUGCUUAGAAGGUACCCGGGUUGAUAUUCUCCACGAAAUUCAGCACUGGGGAGAUGGCCAUCGUGAGGAAUGUAUACUUUGGGUUAAAGGACUUGCUGGGACUGGUAAAUCUACCCUCGCUCGCACUAUCGCCCAUCACUUCCACAAAAAAGGGAGACUUGGAGCAAGCUUUUUCUUCUCGAGGGGUAAGAAAGAUCUUGGGGUUGCCACCGCAGUUUUGACGACUAUUGCUGUCCAGCUAGCCGAGGCCUUGCCCGAUUUGAAAAAUGACAUUUGCGAUGUUAUAGAACAACAUGGUGAUAUUGGCCAGCAACCACUAUAUAACCAGUGGAGGAGACUUAUAUUUCAGCCUCUUCUCAGGUUAGAUAGAAAGUUGCUGUUGCCCAUUGUCUUAGUUUUUGUUCUUGACGCACUUGAUGAGUGCGAAGGUGAUGAGCACCUUGGCGAAAUCCUGCAGCUCCUAACCGAGUUGAGAGAGCUGGAAGUUUUGCAGGUGAAAGUGUUCCUAACUAGCAGACCGGAACGAUCAAUCUACGCUAGUUUCCGCGAACUACCCGACAUCGUCCAUCAUGACCUUACUCUUCACUCAGUCCCCAAAGCCGUCAUCGAGAGCGAUAUCUCAAUUUUCCUGAGACACGAACUAGAGAAAGUUAAAAGCAUACGACGUAUCGACGAACGCUGGCCUGGUGAUGAGAGUAUUCAAACUCUCGUUCAAAAGGCCGACCGUCUUUUCAUCUAUGCCGCGACUGUGUGCCGGUUUAUAGGCGAAUCUCGAUUUCCAGAAAAGCGUAUGGAUGAAAUCCUCCACACAGAGGUUAUGAGCCGGUCGUCCACCAGCGAGCUUGACAGAAUGUAUUCGGAAAUUUUAAAUCACAUUCUCGAUGAAGGCAGCCACGAAGACAAGGAAGAUAUGGUGUUUCUGUUCAAGCAAAUAGUUGGAUCUCUCCUCGUCCUCGCCGAGGCCCUUUCAAGAUCUACGCUGACUUCGGUACUUGACCUUUCAUCAACGGAUAUUACGGAAAUACUCGAAUCCCUUCACUCUGUGUUGGAUAUUCCCGAAGAUGAAAAUUUGCCGAUCCAACUGUUCCACCUCUCUUUUCGAGACUUUGUCUUCAGUGAAGAAAGAUGUGCAAACCCUGCAUUCACUAUCAAAGAAGAAGUCGCACAUGGUGAUAUGUGCGACCUUCGACACCCCGGGACCUCCGUUGCUGACGUGGAAAAAAGUACAGUGGAAAAGUUCCUUCCACAAAGUGUUCAGUAUGCUUGUAAACACUGGAUUCGUCAUCUUGACAAAAGCCAGACUAAGCUCAUCGACAAUGGAGAGGUUCACAUCUUCCUCCAGAAGCACCUUCUUCAUUGGAUUGAAGGUCUUAGCCUCAUGGGGAUUAUAUCGGACGGAAUAGUCAUGGUUAGACUUCUAGAGACGUUAGUUAUGGAUACAAUGACUGGCGCUUUUCGAAGUGCCUUUCCCGAUGUUUCGCAAAGUUACUUUGCUGGAGGGACAAAGAAACGGAAAGUGGCACUGUCACCCGACGGCAAAUUCCUCGCUAUCACAUCUGCUUUCGAUGAUAAGAUCAGAAUUUGGGAUUCAAAGAGAGCUGUCAUUCACUCCACUCUUGAAGGUCACGUAGGCCGUGUUAGUUGGAUCGCGUUUUCACCCGAUGGUAACAGAAUAACGUUCUCUCCAAACGGUGAAUUCAUUGCUGGAUACAGAGAUGACCAUGACGAUCAUCAAGUUCGGCUCUGGGAUGCGAAAACAAACUGUUCCCUUGGAACCCUCACUCAUUCACACUGUAUUCUAACACUGGAAUUCUCUCAUGAUGGAAAAUUGCAUUGCAUCCUCAUCCUUGGAUGGUGCGGUAAGGAUAUGGGAUCCACGCACGGCAACCCUCUGCGGAAUUCUUACGCAAGUCAGAUCAGGGUAUCCAUCUUGGAUGUCGCCGUUUGCCUUUUCGCCGGAUGGCCAAUCAAUUGCGUGUAUAUCACAUGGAUCAAUCGAAACAGCAAGUUGCUUGUGACAGCUUCAGGGAGAUACUUGAAGCUUUGGGAUCCGCAAACCAAAACUCUACGUGGAAUUCUUGCGGGGCAUACAUCGAACGUAACCACAUUGAAGUUUUCAUCCACCGGCCAACUUGCUUCCGGCUCCGUCGACCGUACCGUGAAGCUCUGGGAUACGAUCAAUGUUGACAUUCUUGAUAUUAAUGAAACUCACAUUUCUGAGCUGAAAUUUAUGGGCAAUGGGCAUUAUGUCGUUUCCUAUUCGACCGAUGAAACAACUGAAUUAUGGGACCCGUCAACGGGCAUCUCAACGUUCACUAUUCCUGAUUUUGUGGAUUUUCGUGAUAAAGUGGAGUUCUCACCUGCAAAUAACCUUCUCGCUUACACGGACGAUGAUACGAUACAUCUUUGGAAUAUGGCAACCGGGAAAUUCUAUGGCAGCCUCGUGGCGACGGAUAGGGUGGUCAGAACAAUCUCGUUCUCACCAAAUGGGAAUGACCUGGCGGCAUCAUAUCAAAACCAUGCUAUCAUCAUUUGGGACUUAACAGUAAAAAAGAGGCGGUGUGUUCUAAAAGGCCAUGUGAAUAGGGUUAAUCAACUCGCAUAUUCCUCUAACGGUCGCAUUCUUGUCUCCGCUUCAAUGGAUGCUUCGGUGCAGCUCUGGGAUCCAGCAACCGGCGGGUCAAUCGGCGUCUUGCAGCGACGAGCGGGCCCAAUUUUGGCCAUGACAAUUUCCUCUGAUGCCCAGACCAUCAUUUCUAAAUCAGCUAGCGUUAUUACAGUCUGGGACACAAACACUAAACUAAUCAAAAUGGAAUUUAACAUGAUAGAUAAACAAGUGGUCGCCAAUGCCCAAUCACAAACUCUAUCGCCCUCAUUAUGUGCACAUCUUGAUAUGCUUCCCUUGGCCGCAUUCGAUUGGAACGAGGACAAGUUAGUCUUCCGGGUUGGCACUGUUUGGGUGCAAAAGCCGUGGGUGGUUUAUCAGCUACAAAACGUUCUCUGGCUUCCUGGACAGUACCGUUCCCCUAGUUCCAACAGCAUCAUGAGCAUCCACGACAAUAUAAUUGCACUGAGGGGCCAAUCCAAACCACUGAUGCUUGUUAAGCUUGACUUAAAGUCGAUACCAUCUCGUGAGUGA